CAAGGCUUGGCCACUGGAGCGGACUGCAGUGCAAGGCGGCAGCCACCAGGGCCAACACCUCGCUGCAUCUCGGCUACGAGUGUUGCUGAGCAGCUGCUCCAUGAAGCCGCCCUCGGCGCACGGCAGCCCCGCGGCAGCUGCGGCCGCAGCCCCGGCUAUGGACUCCGCGGCCGCUGCAGACCUGACGGACGUGCUAUGCGAGUUCGACGCAGUGCUGGCCGACUUCGCAUCGCCCUUCCACGAGCGCCACUUCCACUAUGAGGAGCACCUGGAGCGCAUGAAGCGGCGCAGCAGCGCCAGCGUCAGUGACAGCAGCAGCGGCUUCAGCGACUCCGAGAGUGCAGACUCGCUGUACAGGGACAGCUUCAGCUUCAGUGAUGAGAAGGUGAACUCUCCAACCAACUCCACUCCGGCUCUGCUGUCCUCCACUGUCACUCCCCGGAAAGACGCCCUUUGGAGAACAAAAGGAGGUUCCCCCUCCAAGGAGAGUUGAACAAGCUGAAAAUAGCUGUAAAAUGCAAUACAAACGGAGCCAACUUUACAAGAAAUGGGAAGAUUCCAUCACUCGUCUCCCUCUGGUGUUCAAACAGAACUUCGCUCUUUCUUGAACGAGAUAUUUUUUAUUUCCCUUCUCAACACAAAUGUUAG